CUGCCCGAGCUCCGCCAGGUCGUGGACCAGCUCAACUCCGGCUUCUUCAGCCCCCGCCAACCCGACCUGUUCCGCGACAUCGUCAACAUGCUCAUGAACCACGACAGGUUCAAGGUGUUCGCGGAUUACGAGGCGUACGUGAAGUGCCAAGAGAAAGUCAGUGCCCUCUACAAGAACCAGCGGGAAUGGACCCGGAUGGCGAUCCGGAACAUCGCGGCCUCGGGGAAGUUCUCGAGCGACCGGACGAUCGCUCAGUACGCGCGGGAGAUCUGGGGCUGCGAACCCUCCCGGAACCGCAUCCCCGCCCCCGACGAGUAGGGGAUCCCCCCGCCCGGGACCCCCCCGGGCCCCACCGCGUGUCUCGGCCUCCCUAAAUCACCCCCCUCGCAUUAACCGGGAGGGCUCAGGGGGAUCCCCGACAUUUGGGGCAGUUUGGGGCUCAUUUGGUCGUUUUUAAUUUAUUAAGGGAGGGUCCCCCCUCCGCCUCCACCUCGGGAACUGGGGGGACCCCGCAGCAUCACCGGGUGAACUGGGGGGGUCCCUCCCCUAAAAAAUAAAGGAAAUAAAGGAAUUAAUGG